AUGAGCAUGCUGUUCGGCGAACUUCUUCAUGAGAAGGCAAGCUGCUUCUGGAGUGACUUUGGCAUGCUGAACGAUGCUGGGAUCUUGACCGCGAUCGACCUCCUCGAUUACCAAGUCACCCUCGCGAAUUCCAAUGAUAUCGAUGAGAACAAGUCUCGUCCAACUCACCUCGCCGCCGACGACACAACGCAAAAUAGGUGUGACGAUGUUGCUCCGCCAGUACGACAACACCGCACCGCCGCAAGGAAGCUCUCCGCCCGUUUCUCCUCCGCCCUCUCCGCCUCCGACUCAUCAACACCGCCGACCACCACCACCACCAGCCCACCACCCGUCCUCACAAUGGCGAGCUCUUCUUCCUCUCCCUCUCCUCUCCUCCGCCUCCCAACCGCUCUCCGUCGCCGCAUCCUCCGCCUCGCCAACCCCGUCCCAACCAACCCUCUCCGGCUGCAAAUCAGCCGCGAAGCAGAGACCGAGUCCUCUCCUCCCGGACCCUGGCGCUUCCUCCUCCUCUCCGACCGACUGAAUCGUCCAGCUCUCCAUCAAUGGUUCAAGUUGAAGCUCUCCUGCCGAGUGAUUUCUGAGGAUAUGAAGGAGAUCAUGGAGGAGAACGGCGUCCUCCGGGUGGAAUUUCGAGACGAGACGGCUCACAUGCCGGUGAAAGCAAAGGUGGUGGAGGGAGGAGUUCUGCGUGGCUUCCGCCGAGUCGUCGUCGACUUUGGCAACGAGGAGAAAGGCAGAUGGGUGGAGAUGAGAGCUCUGCUGGAGAUGGAGAAGGGUGUGAUUCGGCGGGUCUCUGUGGUCGUCGACAGAGUCCCUGCCAAUAUUGGCUUUGUUCACCAUGGGAAAGUGGCGAGGGAGGCGGAAGUGUUGAAGCGGUUUGUGGGGAGGACGCUGUGGGAGAAAUUUGGGGGGUGUUGGUGGGAGGAGAGGUUGUUGGUGGGGUUGUUGGAGUGGGUGGAUGCAGUGAGGGAGGGGUUUGCGGUGUUUGGGACUGGGGAGGCGUGGAUUUCGGGGGAGGGGGAGGACUACAUGGAUGAUGCUUUUGUGAAGUAG